AUGUGCCAAGUUCCUGCUACCUUUGGAUUAUCCAACAUUUUAGAGAACCUCAUAAUUAUGGUACUCUCUAUUCUUUUCUCUCACUUUUAUCAAUAUCUUCUUUACUGCUGGAGAAAUCGAAGAACUUCAACUGCUCAACCUACCCAACCUGCAACUCCAAUUAUUACAGAACCAUUCAUGGAUAAUCACUCUUCCUUGGAACUCCCAGAGUAUCGUGAUAUACGUUUGGUAUAG